AUGUCAACGGAACGAGAACUAACUCCGGGGACAACGCAGCAGCUCUCUCUGGCGUACUCUGAUAUGGCAACACACCACAUCCAACUGAACGGAGUAAUAAUGGGAAAAUCAUUCAAUGAAUCACCAUGGACUUCUUCGCCGCCAAGGCCUCCAAGUCCGUCUCAGUCGCAGACCAGCUUCGAUACACUCUCACCACCACCAGCGGGGGCGACGGUCAAUCCGACCACCGUGGCGACCACAACCGGUACGCAGGGUGCCCAAGCGCUGGGAGUCGUCCCGGCCACACCGCCGGCCCCGCCAGAUCUACCAGUCUUCACAUGUCCCCGACGGCCCAAUCUUGGGCGCGAGGGGCGGCCGAUCGUGCUGCGGGCCAACCACUUCCAGAUAACGAUGCCACGCGGCUUCGUUCACCACUACGACAUCAACAUCCAGCCGGAUAAGUGCCCGCGCAAAGUGAACCGGGAGAUCAUCGAAACGAUGGUGCACGCGUACAGCAAGCUUUUCGGUGCGCUGAAGCCCGUCUUCGAUGGUCGCAAUAACCUAUACACCCGCGAUCUGCUUCCGAUCGGCAACGAUCGGCUGGAGCUCGAAGUGACGCUUCCCGGCGAGGGAAAAGAUCGGGUUUUUCGUGUCACGAUCAAGUGGGUGGCGCAGGUUUCGCUGUUCAACCUCGAAGAAGCACUCGAAGGACGCACCCGGCAGAUACCGUACGAUGCGAUCCUGGCGCUCGAUGUUGUGAUGCGUCACCUGCCCAGUAUGACCUACACGCCCGUUGGCAGAAGUUUCUUUAGCUCACCCGACGGCUAUUACCAUCCCCUGGGUGGAGGGCGUGAAGUUUGGUUCGGUUUUCAUCAGAGCGUUCGGCCGUCACAGUGGAAAAUGAUGCUCAACAUUGACGUGUCGGCAACGGCCUUCUACAAAGCACAACCCGUCAUCGAGUUCAUGUGCGAGGUACUGGACAUCAGAGACAUUAACGAGCAGCGCAAACCGCUGACCGACUCGCAGCGCGUCAAGUUUACCAAGGAAAUCAAGGGGCUCAAGAUCGAGAUCACGCACUGCGGAACGAUGCGACGCAAGUAUCGCGUCUGUAACGUAACGCGUCGGCCAGCACAAAUGCAAUCCUUCCCGUUGCAGCUAGAGAACGGUCAGACGGUGGAGUGUACGGUGGCCAAGUACUUCCUCGACAAGUACAAGAUGAAGCUCCGCUAUCCACACCUUCCGUGUCUGCAGGUUGGCCAGGAACACAAGCACACGUACCUGCCGCUUGAGGUGUGCAACAUUGUGGCCGGACAGCGCUGCAUCAAGAAGUUGACCGAUAUGCAAACCUCAACGAUGAUCAAGGCGACCGCACGAUCAGCACCCGAUCGUGAACGUGAAAUCAAUAACUUGGUGCGGCGUGCCGACUUCAACAACGAUGCAUACGUGCAGGAGUUCGGAUUGGCAAUUUCCAACAGCAUGAUGGAGGUCCGUGGCCGGGUGCUGCCCCCGCCGAAGCUUCAGUACGGUGGACGCGUUUCCAGCAUGAGCGGGCAAUUACUAUCUGGUCCACAGAAUAAGGUGAGCUUAGCAUUACCAAACCAAGGGGUUUGGGACAUGCGAGGCAAACAAUUUUUUACUGGCGUCGAGAUACGCGUGUGGGCGAUCGCCUGCUUCGCGCCGCAGCGCACCGUGCGCGAGGACGCGCUCCGCAACUUUACGCAGCAGCUGCAGAAGAUCUCGAACGAUGCCGGGAUGCCGAUCAUCGGGCAGCCGUGCUUCUGCAAGUACGCGACCGGUCCGGACCAGGUGGAACCGAUGUUUAGAUAUCUCAAGAGCACCUUCGGCCAUCUGCAGCUCGUCGUUGUAGUGCUUCCGGGCAAAACCCCCGUUUACGCCGAAGUAAAGCGUGUCGGUGACACAGUGCUGGGCAUGGCGACGCAGUGCGUGCAGGCGAAGAACGUGAACAAAACGUCACCGCAGACCCUUUCAAAUCUCUGCCUGAAGAUCAACGUCAAGCUGGGCGGAAUCAAUUCGAUCCUGGUGCCAUCGAUCAGACCAAAGGUAUUCGACGAACCAGUCAUCUUCCUUGGAGCGGACGUUACCCACCCACCGGCGGGAGAUAACAAGAAGCCCUCGAUAGCGGCGGUCGUUGGUUCGAUGGAUGCGCAUCCUUCGCGUUACGCGGCCACCGUGCGAGUGCAGCAGCACCGUCAGGAAAUUAUCCAGGAGCUGAGCAGCAUGGUGCGGGAGUUGCUGAUCAUGUUCUAUAAAUCGACCGGAGGCUUCAAACCACACCGCAUUAUCCUCUACCGGGACGGUGUUUCGGAGGGUCAGUUCCCGCACGUGCUGCAGCACGAACUGACGGCCAUCCGCGAGGCGUGUAUCAAGCUCGAAGCCGACUACAAGCCGGGCAUCACGUUCAUUGUAGUGCAGAAACGCCACCACACGAGACUCUUCUGCGCGGACAAGAAAGAACAGAGCGGCAAAUCAGGCAACAUUCCAGCCGGCACGACGGUGGACGUUGGCAUUACGCAUCCAACCGAGUUCGACUUUUAUCUCUGCAGCCACCAGGGUAUUCAGGGUACGAGUCGCCCGUCCCAUUAUCACGUUCUCUGGGAUGACAAUCACUUCGAGUCGGACGAGCUGCAGUGUCUAACGUAUCAGUUGUGCCACACGUACGUCCGGUGUACCCGAUCGGUGUCCAUUCCAGCCCCAGCAUACUACGCACAUCUCGUAGCAUUCCGGGCAAGGUAUCACCUGGUGGAAAAGGAGCACGAUUCAGGCGAAGGAUCUCACCAGAGUGGGUGCUCCGAGGAUCGGACACCGGGCGCAAUGGCCCGUGCCAUCACCGUGCAUGCCGACACCAAAAAAGUUAUGUACUUUGCUUAAGUCGUCUGCAUCUCAAGCCACCCGAAUCCGAAUGCACACUACUACAAUGACAAAAUGGUCUGCCGUGGUGGAAGAAAAGGAAAAAAAAACGCCAAAACGAUCAUGAAUACGGUUCAUCCCCACAGGCCACAGGCAAACAUACAUGUAAUUGUAAAGAGAUCUCCUUACCGACACUCUUUCUUUAGUGUGUCAAAAUCAUCGUUGGUUGCCGCCGCCGAUCAUCCAGUGCCGAUUGCCGUAAACUGAACUCGACAUUAAUUUUCACAACCAAUCGGAGCUCUGAGAGCGAAACAAAAGUUACUUCCGACAGUGAAGUAAACUCACGCUUCUCCGAGCCCAACGAACGAUGUCACUAUAUCCUCUAUCUUCUACCUCUGUCCACUAUCCUUCAACAUUUGUUUUAACAAGUCAUCAUGUGAAACGGUCUCUAUUGAAAAUAGUUAUAUUUUUUUAUUAGGUUUUUUUUAUUUAAACCGCUUACAGUUCGGUUUACACAGCGAUGCACCUACUCGAUGAUCUUGUUUAACGGUUUUUAUGCUUUAAGCCCGUUUUGGGAACAAACUUUCAAUUUUAGCGUUAGUUGUUCUAGUUUCAUCAUGUUAUGAAGUCAAUCAACAAACAAAAUAUUCCAACGAAGUGAUUCUUAAACAGCAGUAGUGCCACCGAAAGCUGUGUACCCAGGGCGUAAUGGCGCAUUAUCUAUCAGUGCAUAUGUAGGUUUAAAUGAGCGGCAAGUUACAGGGGGCGUCCGGCACAAGGGUGUUUAGGUGAUGAUAGUUUAGUACAAUUUAGGAAGCAGGCGAUUUUAAUGUCUUAACAAAGUUAUAUCGCGUUCUCAGUGCCCCGACAGUUCAUUCGAAAUGUGCAUCAACCGGCGCCGCGUCUUGCCGUUACUUUUGUCGUCCCAAGCAUCAAACUAUUCUCUUGAAACAUGAUUCAAACUAUUUGUAAUCUAACACCUAGGAGCUCUUGCUUUAGUAGAGUUUUAGUUUACAAAAGGGUCAAGGAAGCUUUCAUUUUGUACAAUUUAUUUGAUUUACAAGAUGAUCGUCUCACCAGAACUACACAACAUGGAUUGAUGUGUUAGGGCACAGGGGUACAAGCUUCAGGUUUUACGAUUCGUACGACCGUUACUCACGAGUGUUUGAAAGUAGAAACGCUGAUGAUGAUCGUUUUCCAUGCGUUGGUUCAGCAAGAUUGGUUCACCUCACCUUGUGUCGUCGAACCACGGAAUGUAGCUCUUCCACAUACACAGGCACGCAGACAAUUUACAUCAAAAGUGCACUUUUGUAUAAUAUGGUUUUUAGUUAAAUUCUCCACACUCUAGUGGCUAUGCCCUUCAAUGGUGCACCCCAUCGUGUGUGUCAUUUUCAGGCAAUUAAGGGAGUAGCGCGAUAAAAGUUAACCACAAAUAAUACUUAUGACCGGGGAACCAUUAUCAUAAUCAUCAUCAUUAUUAUGUACAGCAAACAAAUGAGGACAUGUUGAACGCGCGCAAGAGAGAGCAGGUGUAAAUAUUUGCCAAUUGUUUGUUAUUUCUCGUCAUCCCUGACGAAGCUGCAUUCUUUCUAAUGGCUCCCAAACCCCGUCUUUUCGUAAGAUCAUGAAAACAUACAUUUAGAAAAAAAAUCAUUGUAACACAACAGUGUGUCCACGGAGUGCUGCUGCUCUUUGUAGUAUGCACUCGUCAAACGUGCCGGGAACUUUAGCACCGAUCGACCGGGGCAGCGCGUCCGGGUCGAUCGGACAAAUGAUACAUUCACACAAAACGAUCGCGACAAGCAUAUAUCAAUGCAAGUUAAGUGUUUUAUCUAUUUAAGAAUGUAGUAAAGAAACAAGAGAAUGUUAGUAAUAGCAAACGUGUGCGAUUCUCUCUCAGACUCUACGAAGGUUGCAACGUUCGAUGGUAGUAGAAACACCCUUGUGAGGUGGCACGCACCACCACGCGUCCACCAAACUCUGUGUGUCCUGUGGAAUCAAAGUAGGCAUCGCCACCAGGGAGUGCGUCGAUAAUUGAGUGAAGCAAAAGUUCACACUCUAAACCGCGAACACUUUCACAACACUUCUAUUUCUUAACGUGUAACGUUUUUAACAAUACAUGUUUCAAACACACGGCGGUACUGUAUAUAAAAAAUGUGACAAAUGGAAACACUCAGCACAGUUAGUACGCUUCCUUCCUCGAAUCGACGAAACGCUUUUUAACUGCAAAUGUGUCAAAGAAGAGCAGGCCGGCCGCGCGAGAGUGAAUGGGGUGUAAAAAUAUGCGUAUGAAGAGAGUGGGAAACAAGACAUAUGCGAAUGACAGCUAUUAUGGACGGCCAUGAACGUGUGAAGAGUGAAUUUGCGCCGUGUAUCGAGUUGUUGUUGUGUGCAGCUUUUGGUUUUUCAUCCGUUUGCUUUUUACCUUCUUUCUAUUGUGCUGCUGGUUAGAGUAUAGUUGGGCGUUGGGCAAAUGUAGGCUGCUUGUAGGAAACUGUUUCAUUUUUUCACCAUUUAACUCGUAACGUUCGUGCAGAACCUUCUCGAACUGAGGUUUCUCGAGGUACUAUUUUCUCCUCAUCUCGGUUAUAUCGUCGUGUCCUCCGCGCACACGGCGCGCACACACCGCAACACAGCAACCGAGCAAACAGCCGAAGGCAAUACAAGUCUUAUCUUAUUAAGGUUUCAGUAACACUCGAAGGAUCAAAACAGAUAAGGUAGAGGAAGGCGGCCACCGCAAUGGGCGAAAAUGCGCGUGUAUUUUGAGUGAAACAUGAGUUGGGAUUUUUGUGCGCACACACAGAAAUGUUGUGCAGCGUUUGUAGAACAAGACAUUUAGAGGUGUAAGUGGCGAAAGCUGAGCGAAAACAAAACAAUUAAUAACCUCUUCUUUAGUAAUCGUGCUCUCCGAGACGCUCGUGUGUUAGCUCUCGUUGAGUUUCAUUGGGUAUUGUUUCUUCCUUCUCUGAUCCAAUGCAUCUUAAUCCUAGGGUUAGUGUUUUGAGUAAAAUCUUAGCAAGCUGUGCUCUGCUCCUCGUGUAAGUAGGCUGCGAAUGUUGAGAGCACACGAGUUGUGGGAAGCACAUAACGGAACGCGCGCGAGGGAGGAGCGAGAAUUUUAAAUGUGAAGUGAAGGCAGCAACAGGAGAACUUUCAACAUAAGUUAAUGGCGUGAGUGAAACUUAGUAAAACAAGAAAAAAGGCAAAGACGAAUAUCACAGCUCUAACUAAUGCGUAAAUCUAUAUGUUCAUUAAAUGAUACCCUUUACUAACGGUGGGUUGUGUGUGUGGGUGGUGCCGUCAAGUAAGUGGAAGCCACUUGAAACCGGGAAUUAGAUGUUAAGGUAAAAUAUAGUUACAUACACCGACACGCACACAUCCACAGACACUUAAACACUACGGACAAACGAUGCAAACACACCAUAUGUGCACAAACCAUGUGCAAGGGAAUACUAAAGGCUUUAACGUGAGCCAAUGGCAAGAACGAUGCAAUUAUGCACUAAAAUGGGUUUAAUUAAUACCAAGGAAGCUGUGAGCGAGGUUGCGUUUGAGAGAUCAGCAAAGCACCAUGGUCGGCGUCAUUUACAUUGUCUCUUCCGUUUAGAAUAAUUGUACUCUUAGUGCUAUUCAAUUCCUUUUAUUUAUUUAAGAAUGUUAACGAUGAUCAAAAGGUUUCUCUGUAUUCCGCACGAAAUGGAUUCGAAUCGAGGACUACGAUUCUCGUAACGUUAAUAUUAACCCUCCCCAGUAAUCAUGCAAACGAUUGAACAAACCCGUGGCGCUCGUUGGAUCGAGCGAAACACCAACCGCGUGGCACCUAAAUCGCGUGGACUUUAUCGUAUUUAUACGGCCAAUGGAAGGCCAAAAUUAAUCGAAUCACGGACUUUAAAGGACUUUAAACCUAAGCUGCCCGGAUUGAGAGCCUUUUUUGUCCAUUGUUUUGUUGUUGUAAAACACGCCUCGAUUGGUGUCGCUCGAACCGGAUCGAACCCGUGGACGAGAAAUGCCCUGCAGCCUAGGGUUGCAAUGUUUCUCUUGUUUCUACGCAAUUUGCUGAAGGUUGGAUACACACAAACAGACACUGCAGGAGCACCCCAGAGGUGUAACCGCAAUGCGGGGACACAAGAGUCCUCUUAGGACGGGAGCGAUCAAUACAGAACAAAACGGGACAGCGACCAAAGGAAGCACACAGACACGCCCACACUAAUAUACAUACACAUUUAAUGAUGGGACGAUCUUCGACACAAAGCGCAUAGUUCUAUGCAACUUAUACAAGGGAUUAACGACAUAUUAAGGAUAGUGAAAAUGAAGUCCUAUAACGUCAGAAGCUAAAACAAAUGCAUAAUAGAGGUCGGUGGAGAAAAGAAAAGAAAAUAAUGUGCGUCAUAAUGAAUAAGGGCCAGCCAAGCCAACACAAAGCAGGCAACAGUGUAUUUUAGAUAAAAACGACACAACAGAAAGAGAGUUAAACAUAAAAACCGUGCACCGACAAACAAAAACACACUUACAUACAGAACACAAAAAAGAAACGAAGAAAAUGGAAAACAUUACAAUAAGCUAGCAUGUAAGGAGACAACAUUACUAGGCAUGGCAUAUAGUCGGUAAGAAAUAAAAAACAAACAAAACAAAAGGAUUACAUUUAAUGAUGGAGACAAAACACAAAACAAGGGCAACACAAAAGGCCGUAAGAAAAUUGAGUUUACAGUGGCCGGCAAAGAGCAACGCAACUUGGUGAUGAAUAUUAACAUUAUCUUUAUUAUUACUUUCUGAUUAUUUUUGCCAACGAAACCAUGAAACGCGCGCGCGGAGAGAUAGAAAAGAUACCAAAACAAUUUAAAAUUAAAUUAUGUUCUAAAUUGUGGCCAACCCGGAGGGGCGGGACGCUUCCGGGCGGGCCGGUUUUCUAACCAGAAAAAGAACUCGUGACUGCCGCCGGGGCGGGACGUUACGCAUAGGAUGCCGUGGAAGGUGUUCCGGCGUGUUCCGCCUCGUGCAUCGCAUGGACGGUUGAUUGUUUUAGUUUUCUUUUUAGUUCCGGUUUGCUUGCACACACUCUAGCUUGUGUUUCUCUUAUUUUCUCUGUCUCUGAGCCGUGAGUAAAACAUAAGUUGUAAUAAACAAUCUAUUGAAUGUA